GGCAGCUCCAACAUGGAGCGGGCUUACCAUCCCGGAGGCAGGACGCCCGUGUCCAGGACACCGCGGAGGGAAAUGGGCAGUGCCACGGCUGUCGUCGCGACCGGCGGUGGUCAUGCCCGGGAGAGGGCAUUACAGGAUCCUGGCCUGAAGGAUUAUAGACUCGGCGAUUGCAUCGGCAAGGGAGCCUUUGGUUCUGUGUACAAGGCCUUCAACUGGGGCACUGGCGAGGCGGUUGCUGUCAAGCAGAUCAAGCUGGACAAUCUUCCUAAGAGCGAGCUGCGCAUGAUCGAGGCCGAGAUCGACCUCCUCAAGAACCUGCACCAUGACAACAUUGUCAAAUAUAUAGGCUUUGUCAAGUCCCAGGACUGCCUGAACAUAAUACUCGAAUACUGCGAGAAUGGCUCCCUGCACUCGAUAUGCAAGGCCUACGGCAAAUUCCCCGAGAACCUCGUCGGCGUCUACAUGACGCAAGUCCUCCAGGGUCUACAGUACCUCCACGAUCAGGGUGUGAUACACAGAGACAUCAAGGGCGCGAACAUCUUGACUACCAAGGACGGCACCGUCAAGCUGGCAGACUUCGGCGUCUCGACCAGCACCCUCGCCGGCCCAGACAAAGAGGCGCAGGUGGUAGGCACGCCGUACUGGAUGGCACCAGAGAUCAUACAGCUCUCUGGAGCAACUUCUGCAUCGGAUAUUUGGAGUGUAGGCUGCACCGUGAUCGAGCUGCUCCAGGGACGACCACCAUACCACAAUUUGGCUGCCAUGCCGGCCCUGUUCGCGAUCGUCAACGAUGACCACCCUCCCCUGCCCGAAGGAGUCUCAGCUGCUGCCCGAGACUUCUUGAUGCAGUGUUUCCAGAAGGACCCGAAUCUUCGGGUGUCUGCCAGGAAACUUCUUAAACACCCGUGGAUUGUCGGGUGUCGCAGGAGUGACGCCCCCGUGUCCAAGAAGCCGGCAGACUUCAACCAGGCAGUCGAAGAGGUCAAGCAGUGGAACAAGGCUCUGAAGUCUUCAGAGACCUCCUUGAGGGCUUCUUCAGGUUCUGAUGGCAGCGGUCAGGCCGCCAACGGGCACCCCAUGUCCAGGUUUGGCCCCGCGGGAGCAGAACCGCAGCGUCCCAGCUUUGUCAACCCUGCGUCGAAGCGGCCGCUCAGCAUCACCACUGUCACAAAGUCCAAGCCUAGUGCCGAGAUCUUCAGGUCCCCGGAGGUUGCUGACGAUGACAAUUGGGAUAACGACUUCGCGACCGCAAUAUCUCCGAGUGCGCUCCACCUGCCCCACCUGAAACCCCAGGAUAACUUCGGGGGCAAGCUCUCUGCCGAUAGGCUGAAGCAGUUCGCCUCCAUCGACGAGACCACGGCAAGGGACAACUGGGAUGAACACUUUGAGGGUGAUCUGCAGACACAGACGAUACGCCCGAUACCCAGGAGAUCCAGCAGGUCCACCGAGUCGUCCAAAUCGCAGCAUGGCCACAAGAAGAGCAGGAGCAAGCAAACCUCGUCGUCCAACGUGCCGCUUUUACACAAGUCUCCCAGCAAGUCUUCGCUCAUGGGGAACAAGUUCGAGCUACCACAGCGACCAGAGGCCAUGUACCGCGAGCAGUCUACUGAGGACUUCUCAGAUCUCUUUCCUGAGAGUGAUAGCUUGUUCUCCCGGAAGAUGAGCCGUGGCAGGAAGGACUCGUCUCAGCUCAUGCCGCCGCCCGAUCUCAAACUCGAGCCUGCGAGCAACCAGCUGCUCUCGCCUGGAAGUAAUGACAUCUUUCAACGGCAGCGGGCCACAUCCCGCCCCUCACAUCUUGGUGAUCAGCCGCCCAUGAGGAGAACAAAGUCGCAAAUCGAGAUUCAGAAGUUUGCAGAGGGCGAGGAUGACGAAGACUUCUCCGACAUCUUUGGUCCCAACGAUACAUUGACAGAGAAGGAAGAAAGCGACCGGAGCUCUGAGGACGGCGGCAUCAUGCUGCUGUCCAAGCUCUCGAACAACUCGUGGCUAGGUGACGACGAGGAAGAAGAUGAUCCGUUCGCCAUGAUGGAUCCCGAGUACAACGAGUUGGACCUCGAGGCGAACAUAGCCAGGGACCGCCACGCCAGGCUGGCUGAGAGGGUCGAAGAGCAGGUCCAGCUGCUCAAGACUGGGUCCCAGAUCCAAGGAGAGGAGCGUGUCGCUGAUGUGGCCGAGGAGCUUCUUCAUCUACUGCAUGAGCAUGAGGAUGUCAAGGGCCUGAUCAUCACCGCCCACGGCCUGCUGCCUAUACUGGAGCUGCUCACCCUGCCGCCAGAUACGAUCAGCACCGCCAAAAGCCGCCAGGAUAUGAUCUUGUUGCUCCUGAGAGUCGUCAACAAGAUCAUCUUCCGUGACAGGGAGCUGCAGGAAAAUCUAUGCUUCGUUGGCGGCAUCCCCGUCAUUACUCAGUUUGCUGCUCGGCAGUUUUCGAAUGAGAUUCGCCUUGAAGCUGCAGCCUUCGCCCAGCAGAUGUACGAGACCUCGACCCUCACCCUGCAGAUGUUUGUCAGCUGCGGUGGAAUCUCCGUGCUUGCUGGCUUCCUGGACGAGGACUAUGAUUCGUCGCGAGACCUGGUACUCAUCGGCGUCAACGGCAUCUGGAGGGUGUUCGAACUCCAAGGACCCACGCCGAGGAACGACUUCUGCCGGCUGUUCUCCAAGGCGAAGGUGCUUGAUCCACUAGCUGAGAUCCUCCAUAGGGUGCUAGAUCGGGACGACAGGGACGAGCUCUCCGAGUUUAUCGAAGGGCGCAUUGUGAACCUCUUCCUCAUGUUUUCGCAGGCUGAUUCCGAAGUCAAAGAGCUCAUUGCUGAUCGCGCCGUCAUCAAGACUGUGUUGAGGGAUCUUCAGACCAUGACGCCUAUACAUCAGAUCACCAUGCUCAAGUUCAUCAAGAACCUCUCGAGUCUGCAGACCACCGUUGAGGUACUUCAUGCGGCUGACGCUAUCGAAUACCUAAUUGCCUUGCUCGAGAAGAGUCUCAAGAAGAACCAGCACCACUUCAGGGAGAUUUCGAAUCAGGUGUUGAACACCAUGUUCAACCUGUGCCGACUGAGCAAGGAACGACAGGAGUCGGCAGCAACACUAGGAGCUGUGCCACUGCUCCUGAAGAUCAUGAGGACCGAUCGGCCUCCCAAAGAGUUUGCCCUCCCCAUUCUCUGCGACAUGGCGCAUUCUGGGAGCAAAGGUCGCCGUUCCCUGUGGCAGAACAAGGGACUGGACUUUUACGUGUCGCUGCUCGCGGAUCAAUACUGGCAGACGACCGCUCUAGAUGCCAUCCUCGUCUGGCUGCAAGAGGAGACAGCCAAGGUCGAGGGCCACCUCCUCAGUGGAAACUUUACCUCUGCUAUUCUGUCAUGCUUCAGCGUCGCCAAGGGCAAUGCCUUUGCUUCCUUCGAUCCGACCCUCCUCGAACCCCUGCUCAAGCUCCUCCGGCUGAGCCCAGCCCUCUCAUCGUCGCUGGCCAAGCCCGAGAUUUAUAUGGGGAUUGCGGCCAAGCUGGCCCACAAGAAGCCCGACGUACGGUUGAACUUGCUGCGUCUUGUGCGGACGAUCCUGGAUAUGUGUGAGCCUGAGAUGGGCAUCAGCACUGUCAAAGGCGGUGCUCAGCUGCAAGCUCUGUUUGAGUCCAUCCAGAUGCUCGAGAAGGACCCCGCCGUCCUGGUGAGGAACCUUGCACUCGAGAUCAUCAAGACACACAUCGAGGGUGAUUGCUUCGAGGUCAAGUCCGUCGGCAGCGGGUCCAACAGAGGCCACGAGUCGAGCCGCUCUGGUUCUGGCAACUCCCGGCGGCCCAUUAGGUACAUCACGCCGCCCAGUCGGACCUUUGCACCUCCUGGGCAGGGCAACAACCCCUUGACGCCCACACACCCACAGAUCCGUCACACCGAGUCCGAGUCCGCCGUACAUCAGCUUGCCCACACCCCGAGACGGACGCAGGUCAUUCAACAAGACGCCAUGUACCAGCGUCCGCGGAGCAGAGACGGCGGGCUUAUGUCACCGGGCAUCUCCUCCCCCAGACGCGCAAGCGGUGAAACAGGGACACCGGUCCGAAGCAGGUUGCCUAGAGGAUCAAUCUCGUAUAUUCGGCCGAGCCCUUCCCUCAGCAGCAGCCACCCGCCUCCG